UAACGAUCCAAGAUGGCUACCGAAUUAACUGUUCAAUCCGAAAGAGCUUUCCAAAAGCAACCACACAUUUUCACCAACCCAAAGGCUAAAGCCAACAGAAAAACCAAGAGAUGGGUCAAAGAUGUUGGUUUAGGAUUCAAAACCCCAAAAGCCGCCAUUGAAGGUACUUACAUUGACAAAAAAUGUCCAUUCGUUGGUGACAUUUCUAUUAGAGGUAAAAUUUUAUCUGGUACUGUUGUUUCCACCAAGAUGCACAGAACUAUUAUUAUCAGAAGAGACUACUUACAUUAUGUUCCAAAAUAUAACAGAUACGAAAAAAGACACAAGAACGUUGCUGCCCAUGUUUCUCCAGCUUUCCGUGUUCAAGAAGGUGAUGUUGUUGUUGUUGGUCAAUGUAGACCAAUUUCUAAAACUGUUAGAUUUAAUGUUUUAAGAGUUGCUGUUUCAGUUUCUAAAUCUAAACAAUUUACUAAAUUUUAA